AUGUUCACUGGAAAAAGUUCCGAACAAGUUGUUGUUCUCGGUGGAACUGGCAAACAAGGCGGUGAAGUUGUUCAAGAAUUAUUAGAACGUAAAAAGUUUAAUGCAGCUAUUAUAACAAGAAAUCCAGAGAGCGCAAAAGCCAAAGAAUUACUGUCAAAAGGUGUUCAAGUUAUAAAAGUUGAUUUAGACAAAGUUACAACAGAUGAGUUAGCCAAUGUAUUUCAAGGAAGCUAUGGUGUAUUUUCUGUACAAGAAAUGGGAAAGAAUGAAGUUAAACAAGGAAUUAUGGUUGCCGAUGCAUGCAAAAAAGCCAAUGUUCAACAUUUAGUGUAUUCAAGCGUUAAUGCAGCAGAAAAAGCACCCAAUGUUCCGCAUUUCCAUUCAAAAUAUUUAAUUGAACAACAUAUAAAACAAUUGAAUUUACCCAAUUUCACUAUCCUUAGACCGACGUGUUUGAUGGACAAUUUUGACGACCCACAAAUGCAACCAAAAUAUUCUUCUCUCAUGUUCUUAAUCAAACCCACCACAAAAUUACAGUGGAUUGCAUGCAAAGAUAUCGGAAUAGCAGCAAAUAAAGCCUUUGAGGAGCCGAAAAAAUAUGCUAAAAAAACCGUCAGUUUAGCUGGUGAUAAUUUAACGGGAACUGAACUAGCACAAGUAUUUAGUCGUGUAUUGGGUCGCGAUUUGAAAUAUAAAAAGAUGCCUUCAAUAAUAUUACGAUUGUAUUCAAACGAAAUGUAUAAAAUGGCGGACUUUUUCGAGAAAACAGGUUAUGAUACCAAUAUUCCCGAGGUAAAAAAAGAAUUUCCACAGUUAAGAACAAUGGAACAAUGGUUAAAAGAAAAUGAAUGGGAUAAAAAACCACCACCUAAAAAAUCAACUUGUUCAAUUAUGUAA